AUGGGCGCACGCCAUGGCAUCCAACCACAAGCCUUGAAAAAGGGCUUUGCAGCUGAUUUCCUUUGCGGGCUUUCCCCGUUAGACUUGGAGCAGUUGCAGCCAGAAGGCUACGAGAUGGAAGAACGCUUGUUGGCCUUGCUGGCUGGAGUUCAUCAGCAGGUGGUGGCAGAUGCUCAACACAGCGAGCAGCUUGCCACCCUGUCUCGUCGCCGCAGUGAUGUGCGCAUGUCGACGCUGGAGGAGCAACAUCGGCGCCUGGAGAUGCGUCUCAACGACCUCUCGCUGGGCUUGAAAAGCCUCGAACAGGCGGCGGGGCUGGCUGGCGAACGAGCCUGGCAGGACUUGACGCAGACGGUGGAACAGCAACAGGAGGCUCUUCGACGCGAAGAAGAGCUUCAGCAUCACGUGAUCCAACGCUUGAAGCCAUUGGAAGAGCGGCUGAACGCCUUGGAGGCUCAGCUCUUCCUGGAUUGGCCGCCACAGAAGGUUCAGGUCGUCGAGGCCCUGGACAGCGAGACCAGUUUCAGAAGCUGCCCCAGCCGCGAGGACCGCCUUGGGGUGGAUGGCGCCCGAUGGCACCACCUCGAGGGGCGAGUGGAGGAGCUCAGCAAGCUGCAACGCUCCACCAGCCAAGAGGUAGAGGACUUGGCGCUGCAGGUGAAGACCUUCGCCGGGUCCGUCCAAAGCUUGGCCCAACGUGCCCAGGACGGCUUCGCCGCCGUGCGAGGCCACUUAGAUCAAGUUCUUCAGCGACUGGGACAGCGCUCGCCGGAAGUGAAGGAAGUUGGACGUGCUGGGCUCGAAGAGCGAACGCCCCAGGACUCAGCCACUUCGCACCUGCUGGACGACUUCGACCGAAGCGCACCGCGCGGUCCGCAGACCGGGCGCCCUCCGCGCGAGCAGACCGGGCGGACGUCCGCCCUGGUCGUUCCAAAGCUGGACCUGUGUCCGGAGCUGGCGCAGCUGACGCAAGCCCUGCAGCACUUCGGGAGCGCCAUUCGACAGGCGGAAGAACGCCUGGAGACUCCCCAAAGCCGGGAGGGCUUUAAGCGCUUUACUGUUCGCGCGCGCGCGUCGAACCAGACCUUCCUGUCGAGUUUCGAUGUGUUCAGGGGAGAUCUGCACCAAGCGGGUGGUCCGGAGCAGAUCCAGUGCAUCAACAUCUCCUUUGUGCUGCUGUCCAAAAGGAACUCUGCCAAAGCGGAAGAGGACAAAGAACGCGAAGAGGAUGCCGAGGACAAAGAGACCGCCGAUGCCAGUGAGGACGAGAACGACGAAUCGCCCCAGGACGGUGUUUCACACCCGAUCUGCUCAGCCGGAUCCGAUCGAGCUGCUUCCAACCGGCGCCUCUUGUUGAAGCUCAAUGGCGAGGUCCUCGAGUUACAGAGGGAGAUGCGAAGCCUCAUCUUGGGCAACCCUGCAUUGAUGCCGGAGGUGGAUGUCGGACAGAAAGAGCGCAUCUUCUGCCUCGUGCACGACCUCUUGGAGCAGACUCUUGGCUCCCGUCGCGCCGACCGAGACCGUCGCGCCCGCGCUCAAGGGAGGUCCUCACGGCCUCCAGGAGACCCUCGAGAUGUUGCAAGCUGCGGCGACUUGGAGCCCAAAGAAGAGCCAGACACUCGCGCCUCGGCGCCCUCUGCCCUCUUCACACCCAGCCUACUACCCGGGCUUCUUUGCCCUGAACCUCGCGCCGCCUCGCCGCCACCUACAGAGGCGGGCUGGGAUUCCUUGGCCUCGGUCUCAUUGGAAGGCCGCAUCCUGCGGGUGGCUGCGCUGGUGGAUGGACCCUUGCUGGCCCAGAUGCUCCAGGAGACCAAGACAUCAGCGAGAACAGCGAGAGAAGCGAGAAGGGUGUCAGGAGAGGAGGUGCGGCGCGCGCGCUUUUCUUCCUUCUCCGACCGGCUCGGGCGAGAGGUUCGACGAUCCCUGCAAGUGCUCAUCGCCUUGACAGUCACCGCCACCGAGUGCGGUAAGGUGGCCUGGUCGAGAUAUUGGAACGAUGGCUAUGGCUACUGGUGGGUGAGUGCCAAUGGCUUUUCCUUCUUUCACAACGAAGGCGGGGCUGGCCAGCUUGUCGAGGCCUUGCUGUCGCUGAUCUUGGCGCUGCUGGCCAUCGACCUGGUCAUCCAGUGGGUCUCCGAGACCCUCGGGACGGCUACAGCCAAGAGGCUACAUGUCUCCAUCGUCCUCCUCUUGGGGACUCUUUGUACCGCUGACCUCGCUCUGGCUGUGGGCGCCGGGGGUGCGCGGGUCUCGCUGCCACUGGUGCUCUUUGCGGUGACCGAGUGUGGAUAUGUCUUUCGAAUGGUUCGCCCAUGGCUGCACUUCGUGCUCAUGAGCCUCGCUUUGGUCCUCUCCGUGCUCGUUUUGCUGCUGCUACCCUGCCAACGGCGCCUGGCCAAGGCGACGCAGACGCGCUGGCGUGUGCCAUGGGCUGCGAAGCUGCUGCUGGCUGUGGGCUGUGGGCGGCAGCUUUGGUGCUACCGGCGCACCUCCGAGGGCGUCGGCGCCGAUCUGCUCAGCCAGCUGGGCAGCGACGCCUGGGCCAUGGCGCAGGGGAAGCUGCUGCCCUCGAAGAACCGCGAGGUACUGGGCUCCCACAGCACCACGUCGACCGGUUUGUCUAGCUCCUUCCCACCACUCCUGAUCUUCCACUGGGAAGCUGCGGCCGAUGUCCUUUUGGAGGCGUCGCUGGCGGCGAACGCCACGCCCUUCCUUCAUCAAACCUUGGCGCGGCCGGACGUGAUCUCGGGCAGUGCGAUCGCCGGGGUGCCGGUGACGCUGAAGACUGCCUGGGAGGUGUUAUGUGGCGUGUCCCCCUCAGCGACGGCAGACUUCAGGGAGCAAGGCUCCAAUCUGCGGCACCGGGGCUGA